AAAGAUUAAAUUAUGAAAAAAAAUGAAAUCCAUAAAGAAUCAAAUUAGAACAUAUCAUAUGCAUAAAAACAUAAAGUAAUAAAAAAAACUAUUUAAAAUAGAAUAUUCAUUAACAAAACUCAUAAGGUUAUGAAGAUAAAAAUGAAAACCUUACAGAUUUAUUUAAAAUCAUUUAAUUGUAUUCUAAAUUUAAUUUUCAGAUAUAAACCAAAGAUAAUUAAUAUUGAAGCACCUUUGAAACCUUUCAUACCUGAUUACAUACCUAGGGUUUCAUUUCCAGAUCCCAUGUUAAAGAUACCUAGACCUGAUGGAAAAGAAGACUAUAUAGGUCUUAAAGUUUUUGUAUUUAAAUUCUUAAAGGUUAGAAUGAUGCAAAAUGA